AUGGCUGAAGAUCCUGUGGCUGCGUUUUUAGCUAACGAAAAGGCUGAGCUUGGUGACAUAACCGACGAGUUAUAUAAUGGAGCUGGAACAGGAUCAGAUGUUGGUUCCACAGGGAAUCUAGGAGAAGACGAUUUUUCAGAAAUCGAAGCUCCGGAGGUCCCUAAUAUUCCCGAGGUUGUAACUUCAGAGGCAGUGCAUAGUGUUACAACGAACUCAAAUAACUUCAACAGUUUAAAUGGAACUCAAAGUCGAAAGUCAUCCACGAUGUCAGUACCAGCGAAGCAGGAAUCGCCCAUUUUGGAAUCGUGGCGUGCCAAUUUCGAUGCAGAUAUUAAAUCUCGAGAUGAAAGGGAAGAAAAGAGACUUGCUGAACUUGAGGCGAAUGCCAAAAAGGAACUGGAGACAUGGUAUGCUCACUAUCGACAGCAGCAGGCUACCAAGUUGGCUGACAACCGAGCAGAGGCACCGAAAGACCUGUCGGGAAAGGCCUACAGCGGUUACUCGGGACCCACGCCGUCGGUGGGCGACACUGCUGUUUGGGAGAGCGUGUGUGGCAUGUGCGACUUGCAUGUGAGUGUCCUGCACAAUCACGUUUCCCCUCUUUCUCGCCAUUACUCCCAUGUGUUUUUUUCACCAUGA